AUGUCGAUCUCCCCAAACCUUUCCCAUUUCCUCUCCUUCUUCUUCCUCCUCCUCCUCCUCACAAUCGCUGCCGCCGACGAAUCCGACCUCGUCGCCGACCUUCUCUCCCUUCAAUCCCAUUCCAAAUCCGGCGUCAUCCACCUCCACGACCACUCCAUCUCCCGCUUCCUGACCUCCACAAAACCCCCUCGCCCUUACUCCCUCCUCGUCUUCUUCGACGCCAAGCAUCUCCAUGACAACUCCGAGCUCCGCCUCCAAGAUCUCCACCGCGAGUUCUCUCUCCUCUCCUCCUCCUUCAUCACCAACAACCCAAACAACGGCAAGCUCUUCCUCUGCGACAUCGAGUUCAAAGAAUCGCAAUCCACAUUCUCCCUCUUCGGCGUCAGUUCCCUCCCCCACAUCCGCCUAAUCGGCCCCGAUGUCAAGAACCCCAAGGAUUCGGAGCAGAUGAACCAGGGGGAUUCCUCGAGGCUGGCGGAAUCGAUGGCGGAGUUCGUCCAAUCGAGGACCCAGAUCUCCGUCGGCCCGAUCCACCGCCCGCCGUUCAUGUCGAAGACUCAGCUAGGGUUCCUGAUCGCGUUCUUCCUCUGCUGGACGCCGUACUUCGUGAAGAAGGUCAUCGCAGGGGAGACCGUGUUCCACGAUCCAAAAGUCUGGUUGGCUGGUUCGGUUUUCAUUUACUUCUUCAGCGUUUCUGGUGCGAUGCAUAAUAUAAUUCGUAAGAUGCCCAUGUUCAUGGUCGAUCGGAAUGAUCCUAGCAAGCUGGUGUUCUUUUACCAAGGCUCUGGGAUGCAAUUGGGAGCUGAGGGGUUUGCUGUAGGGUUUCUGUAUACUGUUGUUGGGUUGUUGCUUGCCGUGAUGACUCAUGGGCUAGUGAAGGUGAAGAAUGUGACUGCUCAGAGGGUGAUUAUGAUCUCCUCCAUAUUGGUUUGCUUCUGGGCUGUGAGCAAGGUUGUGUAUUUGGAUAAUUGGAAGACUGGUUAUGGGAUUCAUACUUUCUGGCCCAGGAGCUGGAGCUGA